AUGAACGCAAAAGUUCAUCGAAAAGAUAAAGCUAACUUCAUAUCUAAAUUCACGCUUUGGUGGAUUGUUGACCUGUUGUGGAGAGGAAGAUUAAAGCCAAUAAAUCAAGAUGAUCUUGAUCCUGUCAGGGACGAAGAUCGCUCGGAGUAUCGAACCGAAUUGUUGGAGAAGAUUUGGCGAAAUGAAAAAAUCUAUGCAAAUCAAACAAGGAGAAAACCCAAACUUUGGAAAGCAAUGCUGAAAUGUUUCUCGUGGAAAGAAUAUGGACUUUUAAGUUUAACGUGUUUCUCUACCAUCUCGGGAAAUAUUUUGUAUCGCUAUUCUACUCUAAAAUUAAUAUAUUCUGUGCUGAGUAUUACUGGUCAUGAUUUUCAAUUCAGAAAUCAGUAUCUUGUCAACGUAUGGGGCAUGAUUAUUGGAUCUAUACUUACAAAUUUUGGCAUUCGACAUUUUAAUUUAAUCACGCCCAUAUUAGGGAUAAAAUCCAGAGCGGCCGUUGUUGGUAUGAUUUAUAAAAAGGUAGGUAACUCAGGGCUGUGGGAAGCUCUUUUCGAUUGGGGGGGGGGGGCUGAAAGCGAGGGCCGAAGGCACGAGGAAAUUUUUAAAUUUAGAGUCUCUAAAAUGCCAUUUCCUGGACUUUGGGGGAAGAUUUAACAGAAUUCUGAUAGUCAGAAAACAGCGUUUUAGUAUGUCGAAAUUUACAGGAAAGUAUGGGCCAGACUGUAGUAUUAUAAAUGCGCGGCGGGAAUUUUCGUCGUAAAUGGCAGUUGCGCGGAAAUGAAGGCAGAACAUUUGAGAAAAUUUCGAAAAUCUGGAGUCUCUAGAUGGUCUGAAAUGGCAUUUUCAGAGUUUUCUUUCGCAAGGCCCAACACGCAAAAGACAAAAUAAAUCAUUAGUUCAUCAAAAAUGUGCAGAUUUUGCGGGAUUUUCUUGAAAAUGCGCGACAGAAAUUCAGCUAAAAUUUCUACCCGAGAAACGAUCUGGAGUAUGAGUAAUAUCUUCAUUCUUUGCAGUUUGUCACAGAUUAAAUGAUAUAGUUUGCAUGAUUUUGAAAAAAGAAUAAUUAUUAGCAAAUUAUUGGGGGGGGGCUGCAGCCCCCCCAGCCCCCCGGUUGCUACGGCCCUGUAACUUCAUCACUCUAUCAUUCGCAUUGCAGCAGAGCAAGUAUAUUCUCACAUUGUCAACGUGGAGGGAGUUAAUUCAUCUCCAACCCAACACAGUGGCGUAACGGGAGGGUGUCAGGGUGUCCAGAGACGGGGGGCCCUCAACAAAACUGAACUUAAAAAAUUUGAUAGCACAUUUCUGGGGAAUUGAAUUAAUUGAAUUGAAUUUAAUAAAAAAAACCCAUUCUCUGGAAAAGGCAAAAUCCGUCGAGAAAUUUCCCGAAGCUGCGACGGAUUAAGUACGUCGCGGCUGAGGUAAAGGACGAGAUACUAGAAUGAAUGAAUUGCAAUUUCAUUGGGUAUGUCCGGAAAAAAUUUUGGACCCCUAAAAUGGUACAAUGUCCGAAAAUUUUUUGGCGACGGGGGGGGGGGGGGGGGGGGGGGAGGUCGCCGAAAAUAAAUUGUUCCGAGAAAAAUUUUUGGAGCCUAUUUUUAGUGUAGCAAAGGGCCCCAAAGUGGCCGAUUGACGGAGGGCCCCCAGCGGUUGCGUUACGCCACUGACCCAACGGCGUGUUGCAGCCGUUAUUGGCAAUAGCCGGAGUUUGGAAUGUCAAUUCCGCUUGCGAUUUAGGCGGCCCCAGUAUAUCAUAACAGAGCGAAAUUAUACAAAUGAUGAAUGUUUUUGAGUGCAAAGUUAAAAAUAUUUUCAAGACGUGAAAGAUGAAAUUUUCCAUUCCACAGAAGGAAUGGAGCAUUUCAUCAUUGACCGAAUGAAAAUAUUUUUACAAUUACCGUAUUAAUGAAAACAUUAAUUACUUCUUUAACAGUCCAGUUAAUCCCAAACAGCAGUGAAUUUUCUGUAAUCAACGUGCAAUUUUCUGUAAUCACAGUGAAAUUUUCUUUAAUUACAGUGCAAAAAUCUGUAACAAAUUGAUCUGAUUGGUGGAAAAACAGUGAUAAUAAAAUAAACCAAUCAGUUUAAAGCAGUUUAGUUUAAAGAAGUAACGAUCACAGAUUGCUUCAAAACAAAACAAAUACGGCGCCGCACUACAUUGAAGACGAUAAAGUAAAAGUUGACCUCAGUUGAAAAAUAUGACUUUUAAUGGAAAAGCCUUUACUUUAAACAUGCAGCCAUAUUUCAUAUCGCUGCAUGUUUCGUACAAAGUUUUAAAAACAAAAACCUGAAAAACCAUGAGCACACGAUUCCAUGAAAUUAAUGAAAAGGAUGUUGACGAGUUCAAUGAAACAGAGGAAAAUCAGAAUACUAAAAGAAAAACAGAACUAGACGUCAAUUUAAUUCAUUCUUAUAUCGCAAGUGAAGCUGCAGGCCAUGUCAAUAGAUUGCCGAGAAUGGAAGAACUGUCGACGUCUCAACUCAAAACUUUGCUGCACAUCGCUUUUCUGUAAGAAUUAUCGCUUUUCAAAGACUGUCCUUUAUAUAAUAAACAGAAAAAUACAUGAGUGCUUGGAAAUACCAGAUUUUAUUUCUCGUGUUGAAAAAGAUAUCUCACUCGUUCGCUGCGCUCACUCGUGAGAUAUCAUGUUAAUUAAACACUCGAAACAAAUCUUGUAUUUCCGCGCAACCAUGUAUUAUUCUCUAUAUAAUAAAGCCAGGAAAACUUUGCAAGUGGAAUGUUCGCUAUAAACAUAAGUUAAAACUUCAUUUGUUUCAAACAUUUUUAUGUAAAUUAUUAAUAAGUAAUUAACAGUAGGGUUUCUCGUGAAAUUUGGAUAAACAUGCACUCGCGAGUAUUUUAAAGACCUCAAAUAGCACUCGUUCUUCGAACAUGUGCUAUUUUGGAGACUUCGAAGAACUCACUCGUGCAUGCUAUACAGAUCCAAUUUGCACUCGAAACUAUGCUAUUACCUAUAUAGGCCUACUUAUAUAUAACAUCAGAAUAGAUCAAUGUUAUGGAAUUUGUUAUUGUAUUAAAUACAGAACAAAUACAUAGCUGACAUGCAUAUUGUACAAUUAAUGUUUAAAAUAAAUAGAAAUAUACGACAAGUGUAUCCUGAAAAUUGUCUGAAUGAAGAGUUUGUGGCAAAUUUCCAAAUGUUGUCUAAAUUUCGGGCUAAAAAUUCUUGAUUAAGCCAUUUUCUCCAUAAAUAUCGUUAACUAGAAUAGCGCAGGUAGGUUUGGGCUGAAGAGAUUGUUGAAUGACAAAAACUUCAUAACAUUAUACAUACUGUUGCAACGACCGGGACGCAUGUGUACCACAAAACUAUAUAUUAUUCACCCAUUCUUACAUGUACAGCCAGCAAAGACAUCUUUAUGAAUUAUCUCUGUCGUGGAAUUUGUCCCUCUCUACCUUUUUGGAUGCCAUAGAAAUAAAAAACGUAUACUUUUUUUACAGGUGUUGAUGCGAAGUAAAACAACAAUCAACGCGGGUGAAAUAAUGGAAUUGGUAUGCAAUGAUACACAAUGUUUAGUCACAAUGGUAGACAGAGCAUUUCCAUAUUUGGUUCGGAAAACUAUUUCCGCUGUCAUAUACAUGAGUUGGAUUUUAUUGUUAUAUGGGUGGACAAUCGUUCCUGGCCUCCUUCUGUUUCUUUUUGUUUCCUUGUUUCGUAUUUUAGUGACAAGACUUGAUCUUAAUUUACGACAAAAUGCUUCACGCGUGGCAGAAGAACGCCUUGGAUAUCUGCGAGAAGUUCUGACGAGCAUUCAUUCUAUCAAACUUAAUUGUUUGGAACAUAUCUACGAAAACAAGAUAAAAAACACAAGAUGGUAA